UAUAGCAGGCUGCUUUUCACCGGAGCACGGAUGAAACUACGGACGGAGCGGAGAGAAUUUGGACCGCGAAGAGAACAAGACCCAACGUUGAACUGAUUUGAUAAGUGUCAGAUAUUACAUUAGUGGGUAGCAUUAGUUAGUUUUUUAAUCCCUUGAUAAAUGAACGCAAGUCUCGGACAUUCCCAUCGUUUGCGUGCAUUGAUGAACACAAGACUUGACUUCACCCUGUCUCUUAUGAAUAUUGAAUUCGCGGUAUGAAUUGUUUACAUCUGAUAGUUUGAUGGGGCUUUUAAGGAUUAUGAUGCCUCCCAAGUUACAGCUUUUGUCUAUUUUGGUUUUUGGAGUGUCGAUGCUCUUCAUUGAAAACCAAAUCCAGAAAUUGGAGGAGUCGCGGGCAAAACUGGAGCGUACCAUCGCCAGACAUGAGGUGAGGGAGGUGGAGCAGCGUCACACCCAAGAUGGCGUACGGGACACGCCGUCGCUGGCUGAGGCAGAGGACGUGGUUAUCAUAUAUAACCGGGUGCCCAAGACGGCGAGCACGUCGUUCACCAACAUCGCCUACGACCUGUGUGGAAAGAACCACUUCCACGUUUUGCACAUCAACACCACCAAGAACAAUCCUGUCAUGUCCUUACAAGACCAGGUGCGCUUUGUCCGUAACGUGACGUCCUGGAGAGCGAUGAAGCCUGGGUUCUACCACGGACAUGUGGCUUUCCUCGACUUCUCCAAGUAUGGGGUGAGAGGUAAACCCGUUUACAUCAACGUGGUCCGGGACCCCAUCCAACGCCUCGUAUCAUACUACUACUUCCUGAGGUUUGGAGAUGACUACAGGCCUGGCCUUCGACGGAGAAAACAAGGUGACAAAAAGACCUUUGAUGAGUGUGUGUCAGCAGGUGGUUCUGACUGUGCCUCUGAGAAGCUUUGGCUCCAGAUCCCGUUCUUCUGUGGACACUACUCAGAGUGCUGGAAUGUAGGCAGCAGGUGGGCCCUGGAUCAGGCCAAGUAUAACCUGCUGAAUGAAUAUCUACUAGUCGGAGUGACAGAGGAGCUGGAAGACUUUAUCAUGAUGCUGGAGGCAGCCCUGCCCCGCUUCUUCAAGGGUGCCACAGGCCUCUACAAAACAGGUAAGAAGUCCCACCUGCGGAAGACCACAGAGAAGAAGCCACCCACCAAGGAGUCCAUCGCCAAGCUGCAGCAGUCCGACAUCUGGAAGAUGGAGAAUGAGUUCUAUGAGUUUGCCCAGGAGCAGUUCCAAUUUGUCAGAGCCCACGCCGUCCGGGAGAAGGACGGGGAACUCUACCUGCUGGCACAGAACUUCUUCUAUGAGAAAAUCUACCCCAAAGUGAACUAGGGUGGAACUGGGUUAACAUCAGGCCAGGUGGAUGGUGAUGAGGUCUGGGUUAUCAGGCCAGGGGGAUGUUGAUGAGGUCUGGGUUAUCAGGCCAGGGGGGUGUUGAUGAGGUCUGGGUUAUCAGGCCAGGGGGAUGUUGAUGAGGUCUGGGUUAACAUCAGGCCAGGGGGGUGUUGAUGAGGUCUGGGUUAACAUCAGGCCAGGGGGGUGUUGAUGAGGUCUGGGUUAUCAGGCCAGGGGGAUGUUGAUGAGGUCUGGGUUAACAUCAGGCCAG